AUGGUUUCCUCUGUUCAAGACGAGAAGCAGAGCCAGGCGUUCCCCACAAUAUACCCAUCAUGCUUAGAACAGACACACACACUCACACACACCUGUCAGUGGACACACCUGCUCUGCACUCCAGAAGCUGCCCUCUCAGCCCCGCGUCUUCAGAUCCUCCGGGCUGCCGUCCAGAUGGCGCUGUGCGUGACCUCACAUUUCUGCCUGCUGGUCCUACCAGUGAUGUCACUGUUGCUGCUCUUCUGUCCCAUUGGAUGGAGCUACGAUGGCCUCACCCCAGGGUGUUACCUGCACCCCUUCAACGUCACCAUCCGCAGUGACCGUCGCGGCACAUGUAAAGGCACCCACCUGGUGUACGCCUGCGUGGGCUACUGCGAGUCCAGCGCCUUCCCCUCCAGGUACUCUGUGUUGGUGGCCUCCAACUUCACCCACAACAUCACCUCCGCUUCACGAUGCUGUACCAUCAGCAAGGACGCUAAGGUCAAAGUUCGCCUGGAUUGCCCUCGAGGUCGUCACCAUGACGAAAUAGAGAUCCUGACGGCGAAGGCGUGUCGCUGUGACAUGUGCCGCAAGUCCCGCUACUGACCCACCGCGACAGUAUGGUGCCUGCCAAAUGUACACCAGGACAAAUAACCAAGUUAGUCAGAUAAGAGGUGAAAAAAAUCUGGUAAAUGAUUGAAAUACAAGUAUUUCAGUCACUCUCCUUUUCCUAGCUAUGGCCACUUGUUUUGAAUGUUGAAGAAAAUCCACUUUAACUUAUUUAGCUG